AUGCCCCAAACCAGUAGCCGCCGCGAUCCAGAGAUCGUGAACCUCGACAGCGAUGAUGACGACAACGUCGAUGUGUCUCAAAACAAGCAGUCUCAAACAAGCAGAGGCCUGGAAGAGAAGACAUCACAAAUCAUGAAGAAUGGGUUGCAUUCCUUUGAACUGCCCCCAAAGAAAAGGUUAAUCCGCAAUACAUCUAGCAAAAGGAGCGAAACAAAUAAAGACAAGUUGGACACUAAAAUUUUUGAAUUGUGCAUGGAGGACGUUUGGACAUGCAUAGAUCCGGAAAAGGAGAGCGAAUAUGCAUAUUUUGAUUCAUUGUGGUUUAAUACCUACAUGAAUGGGAAUGAUAAAUCGGAUGUCCUCAGAUGGAUAAAAGCUAAGAAAAUAUUCUCAAGGCGAUAUGUAUUUGUCCCUAUCGUUUGUUGGGAUCACUGGAACCUCCUUGUGUUGUGCAAUUUUGGUGAGACAGACUACCUAGGUACUCAAAAGGGGCCACGUAUGCUGCUGUUGGAUUCACUUAAAACGGACAAUCUGACGUGGCUGCGAACAUCCAUCAAUAGAUUUGUUGUUGAUAUUUUAAAAAAUGAAGAGCGGGAAGAGUUAGAGCAGUUCAUAAGUGAAGUCGAGCUCGAGUUUCCCGAGGUGCCACAACAAAGUGGGGAUGAUUGUGGUAUAUAUGUUCUUUACUUUAUCUACUGUUUUCUCGUGAUCGAAGAACUAGGUGAAGAUUUGAGCAAUCUGGAUGCCUUAUUCUAUCCAGAGGAGCUAGAGAACCUAGAGGACAUCCGUAAGGAUAUACAUUCGUACCGAGAGAAAAAGGAUGCCGAAAUUGCAGAGUAG